AUGGCUUCUAUUAUCGAGAAGAUCAAGGGAGGAAUUAUUGUUUCCUGCCAGGCACAUGAGGAGGAUGGACUGUAUGGACCGGAGAAUAUGGCGUUGAUGGCCAAGGCUGCGGAACUCGGCGGAGCUGUCGGUAUCCGUGCCGACGACCCGAAGCAUAUUGCGGCCAUUCGGAAAACCGUCAAGCUUCCCAUUAUUGGAAUUUACAAGGAGGAUGUGGACGGUUACGAAACGCGUAUUACUCUGAACAUGGACCGUGCUCGAGAGAUCUUCGAGGCAGGAUCCGAUAUUAUCGCCCUGGAUGUCACCAAUCGUCCUCAUCCAUACAACACAACCGGAAUUGAAAUGAUCAAGCAGAUCAAGGAGCAGUUCGGAUGUUUGGUGAUGGCCGAUAUUUCCACCUUCGAGGAAGGUGUUGCCGCCGCCAACGCUGGCGCGGAUAUCGUAGCCACGACCCUCUCGGGGUACACUUCCUAUUCCCCGCAUAUCACGGGUCCUGACUUCAAUUUGGUGCGUCGUCUCUCUCAGGCUGUGAAGGUCCCUGUGAUCUGCGAGGGCCGCAUUUCCAGCCCGGAGCAUGCUCGCCGCCUCCUCCACAUGGGCGUUCACGCCAUCGUGGUGGGCUCGAUGAUCACGCGUCCCAUGUGGAUCACCAAGCAGUACGCGGACGUAAUGAAGCAGACGGUCCGCUCCCUCACCUCCACGGCCUUCGCCCUGGACAUCGGAGGCACCAAGAUCGCCGCUGCGAUCGUCUCCGCCUCGGGCGAGCUGCUCGCUGGCCCCAUCAAAGCGAGCUGUCCGCAGGACAGCAGCGAGAGCGUGGUGCGAACCUGCGUGGAGCUGCUCCACACCCUGCAAUCCAACAGCAAUGGCGAUCACAACAGCCAGCCUUGCUGCGUCGGAAUCAGUACCGGCGGUACGAUCAACGCCAACGGCGAGAUCAUCUACGCCACCUCCUCGAUUCCGCAGUGGCAGGGCGCUCCACUGCGUUCCAUGAUCGCUGACGCGAUGAAUCUCCCCGUGGUGGUCGUGAACGACGGGAAUGCGGCCGCGCUGGCGGAGGCGCGCCUGGGUCUCGGCGCGGGCAAGCGCAGCACGCUGUGCCUGACCGUGGGAACGGGUCUGGGCGGAGGGUUCGUGCUGGACAACGAAUUGAUGUGCGGAAGCGAGCGCAUGGCGCAGUGCUUCGGACACGUGAUCGUGAACCGGGAGGGGCGGAACAUCGGCGAGAACGACGGCGCCGCGGAGUCGUACAUCAGCGGCCGCGCGCUCUGCGUCGAGUACAACCGGCUGGUUCCCGCGGGACAGCGCGUGGAAACGGGGAAGGAAGUGGGAGAGAAGGCGCUGGCGGGGGAGAGCGAAGCGGUGGAGGCGGUGCGCAUCGUGGGAGAGUGGCUGGGCGUGGCGCUGGCGUCGAUGUGCGCGUGUUUGAACCCGGAAAUCGUGGCGAUCGGCGGCAGCGUGGGCGAAUUGGACGCGUUGCUGCUGGAUCCGGCGAGACGAGCGAGACGCCGAUCGAGAAGGCGAAGUUUGGAGGCGACGCGGGGCUGA